CUGCGCCCCGUUCGAUAACGGUCGCAAAUGUUUACCGACUUCCAGUAACCAAACUUUUCGGUUCCCCCCUCCCCCAACGGCAAUGAAAGCUAACCCCAAGAAAUUUCCAAGUUUACAAAUUCCGGAGUAAACAGGAUCCCGUCCGACCAACCUCUCGCCGAUCUUCCGAAAAUGUGACUCGACGACCACCGAUGGAACCCACCGACGUAUCGCAGCCAUAAACCUCACCGUUCCGACUAUUUCCGAACACGCAUAACAGAAUCCGGCACAUCCGAUUAGUACGAUCGUGUAGAAGAAAAAUGCUAUCGACCAGUGUCUGACAGUCCUCUCGAAAUCAUCUGCAGAUUAUGCUCUUCAUAAUUCCCCACACGACCAGAGCGAACACCUUCAUCCGUACAUAGAAGGCUUAACUGAUUCAAGCAGGUGGCGGCUGCGUUCUCGGGCGUGCUUAAUUAAUUUAUUUCAGAGACCAUUGGCCAUUCCCGCCGUACCUUUGCCACGCUCUAUAAUACCAGUAGCCGAUCGAUGGAUUUGAACGGGAACGUUUGCGCCGGCCAAUGUGGACAGACGGACGCAAUGUGGUCCAGCGGCGCGGCGGCCUGCGGAUUUCGAAAAAUGUGCUGCCGCGACGAGGCGAACGCCUCGAGGAUGUCGAGCAGCGACUCGUCGUCGAGCUCGCGCGACCCGGGACAUCCGAAGCCGGGCCGGCAAAGUGGAAAUUACGCGGAAAUCCGUGAACACGAAAGGGGAGGAGGCAACCCCUGCGACGGCACCGCGCUGAAUUUCAAUGACGAGAAUGUUUGGGGGCCCGACGGCUGCGAUCCGUGCUGCGACAGCCUCGUUGACGAGAGCGCGGCCCUCUUCGAACUGAAUCGCGGUAAUAACGUCUGCGCGAAUUGCAAAACCGGAGUCACCGUCAGCCUGAGUCCCCAGCUCGCCGCAUGCGAGAAGAAAUCCGAGGACCCGAAGCAGAACGUUUCCUUCAAACGGUGCUACGACAGUAUCAAUCAGAUGUGGCGCAAGAGCCGCUGCAAACGCUCGAUUCCUGGGCAAAAGAAGUGCACGAAAGAUAGAAAGAGGAAGGAGCCGCACGAUCAUCGUUGCACCUUCGAGAACUGUUGCGGCAACUGCGACACGUUCGUCAUGGAGCUGUCAGGAUCUGACUGCGAGCAGCUCCAGAACUGCCAUAACUUGGAUUUCGACCCCUCGAACGUUUACUUCGAGGACUGUUGUUGCUCCCCCGAACCGAAACCGUGCUCCUCGAACGUCAGCGUGCAUUCGGUGCGGCGUGCUCACCGAGUGUGCGCGAAUUGCACCGAACCUGUAAAAUGUUGUUCGCCGAAGGAGCCGAAAUGCGAUCUCUGCGUGUCCAGCAAGCAUUGUCUCCAACGCGUGCACUUCACUAAGUCCCGUAACUCGUGCUGCUCGUUCUGCUCGAGAAAGUGCAGUCCGUCGAAGGCUAGCAUGUUCGUCGAGAUCGGCAACAGCGUUGCCGACGUGCGUUGCCUGAGAUCGGGACAGGUAUUUCAUUUGUGCAAUCAUUCGUCGGAAUCGCUCGGACACGGCCUGGCGCGAAGAGAAAGCGACCCGGUCAAGAGGAAGAAGUCGGACUUGUUGAAGAGAAGCAAGUCGAAGAAACGGUCCGACGCGUACGAGAAACAUUGCAGUCCGAAUUGUAAAACUCAUCCUGGCGUUAUCGGCCGCAGCUAUUCGGACAAGAUCGAGUGUCCGGAGAAAGAUUGCGAUGGGAUCGAGAGAGCCAGAGACAAGAAGAAGGCCUCGAGGAAGUCCGCGCAAACGGUGUCCAAUUGCAGCGUUCAUCAGAUGUUCAGCCACAAGUCGAGCGCCGUGUGCUUCGACACGACGAAAACAGACUGCUGGCAGCAGUGCGAAACGCACGAGCGAUCGAUGUGGGACGAAAUUCGGAGAAGAAAGUUGUGGCUGCAGGAUUCCUGCAAGAAUUUCCUGAAAACUGCAGCGGCGAGUAUUAAUCAAUUGGUGAAGCAAACUUCCAAAGGGAAACUUCUGAAAAAAUCCGCGAAGAGAAGCUGCGGAAGCGGAGCUUGCGAGCGGAGACGCGAUCGCGACAGCGAUCCAUCGAACCGCUUGAUCGAAAACGUACGUAGGACGGAAAAGGAUUGCAAUGCGCAUUGUUGCCAGAACGCCUGUUGCUCCUACAACGAGGGCCCGAACACGGCCGGAGUGCCGCAGUGUCAAAAAUAUGACCAUUGCAAUUACGAACAGCAGCGCCGCGCCGAUUUUGGAAUUCGCGAGAGAGGAGGCAGCGACAGUUCCGACACCACGCGGAAAAGGAACACAUCGAUCUCGACUAGAAACAUGAGCUCGAAUUCGUCGUCGUAUCGCGGAUCGAGCAGUUCCAGAAACCCGGGCAACGCGCAACGCUCAACGCCGCCAGAUUCGGACCGGGGCAGAGGUCGCCAAGGCCAGCCGGUUCUCACCACCAUAGACUCGACCAUUCAAACGAGCGUCACGCACUCCGUGAUCGAGCCUUCGUCGAUCACGCAGAAAAGCAUCGCCUACCAGAGACGAGUGAGGCAAGUGGCGCAGCUUGACAAAACUGCCGCGAACGGCCAGGCCGGAAGAUCGCCGACGAAACAACAACCUGCCAGAGCCUUGGCAUCCGCAACUCCCAGGACGUUGAAGACACCGGUGCCCGAAGAUCCCGCCGCGCCCUCUCCGAAGUCAACGACGACCGAUUCGCAGAUCCAGUGCGAGAUAAUUACGCAGACCGAAGUGAGAUGCGCGCCUCGCGGCAAGGAGGUACCUGUUCGGGUCGCAGACUCUUGCGCCUGUAGCGCUGGACCGGAGGUGACCGCGGAAGAGGCUCCCGAGGAGCACACGUUCCGGGAUGUCUCCACGAAAGGAUCCAAGGGAAGCGACACCGUACACGAUAUAUCCGAUCUGCCGGGCACGGAGCCAGCCGAAGCCGAGGUUAUAACAGUUCCCGCGGAAGGUGUGGACGAAACGAUCGAUGUCGUUUCUCAGGAAGACGAGGAAGUCCAGAUGGACGAGACUAUCGUCGACGUGACGGACGAAUCGGAGAUUGCCACUGUGGAAGUAACGGACGAUACCGAGGAGAUAACGAUGGUUGACACCGAGGGAACAACGACGGAGAAACCCGGGGAGGCAACGGUGGAGCUAUCGGAUGAUUCUGCGGAAUUAACGGCGGUGGAAGUACCCGACGACUCUGCAGAGGCUCCAGCGAUCGAGGCUCUAGUAGUCUCGGAUGACGCUACACUGGUACCAGAGGCCGAUGCCACAGAAGUGUCUGCGACCGAUACCGUGGAUGUGUCGGACGAGACUACGAAAGUGACGUUGGUCGACGCUGUUGGCAUAGCAGACGGCGGGCCAGCUGUCAGCAAGUCGAAAAUGGCCAUCAGCAAAGAGACGAAAGAGGGUCGCAGCUACGCGAGCAUAAACAUGCAGACCUCCAGCACGAUCCUGACGAAGAUCCUGUCCGAGUUCCAAAUCGGGAACACGAGGAAGAGGAUACUGAUGAGCAUAAAACUGCAAACGGCUCGAGACGGAGACACGAACUCGUUCACGACCGAUUCGAACGGCACUGAGGUGAUAGAGAUCGACGAUAAGACAAAGCAUACGCAGACCCGUAGCGCCCCGGCGGCCAAAAGUGCGCCGAAGAGAGCGAAACGUCCGAUCACCGUCAAGCCGACGACCUCGAAGCCCGGUAGGACGAAAGAAAUAAUAGAUCAAUCUCAGUGCGUUAAACCUAACAGUAUCGCAAAGGAGGACCAAAAUCGGCGAGGUAGAUCGGAAUGGAGCACGAGAAACGCCAAUGGUACCUAUGGAUAUUGUAGCGGAAAUUGCGGCAAGGAGAAACCAUUGAAAUGACUGGAACGACACGAUCGAGAAUCACACGAGUUGCUGCAUUUCGAUCGCUGCAACUUCUCUCCGCGGCCGCGAUGCAAUUUCCCCAUAACCUUCGGAC